AAAUACUUCUGAAAAUAGCUCGAGCAAAGACUCCAUUGGCAAUAAAUUUUUAUCACCGAUGAACGAUUGUUAUCACUUCAACGUGCUUUUAAAAUUUACAAUUUUUUCGGCUUAUGAAAAUUUGCGAAAAUUUACUCUAUAAUUUAAUCCUCGACAUGCUGUACGAUCUAUUUUUAGAAUCACGUGCUACCUAGAUGAUUUAAAUCACGAUGCAGUCAGCGUUGCGUGUUUCAGCCAAUAUUCUGCAGAUAUGCAGGGGUCGAUUAUAUUCGAUGAGAAUCGCCGAUAUUUUGGAUAAUAAAAAGACUGAUAUCAAUGCUACUGUCAAGGGAUGGGUCAAGUUAACCCGAAAGAUGAAAUCUCGUACUUUCAUCGAUCUGAACGACGGUUCGACAUUCAAGCUACUCCAAGUUGUAGUUCCAAAUGACAUAGUACCGGAAAAACUCAGCAACGGUGCUUCAAUCGAAGCAACUGGAAUGUUGAAACUGCAUAAAAAUGGUCAAAUCGAACUACAUCCCGAAUCAAUUCAAGUUCUCGGUGACUGUGAUUAUUCUGAUGGAUUCCCAUUCUCUCCGAAAGUGAAAUACGAUCACGACGAAUUGAGAGAAUUCCUACAUUUUAGACUUCGUAAGAGUUCGUUUGCCUCGGCAUUGAGAGUCAGAAGCGCUGCGAAUUACUCCGUACAUAAUUAUUUUCAAAAGGAGAAUUAUAUCAACGUUACCGCUCCUAUAUUGACUUCGAAUGAUUGCGAAGGCGCUGGAGAAAUUUUCCAAGUAGUUCCCGAGGAUGAGAAUUUAAUCAGAGAUAUGAAAAAGGUGGAUAAAACCGAGAAGCAGGCUUUCUUCGAUCGAAACGUUUAUCUCACCGUUUCUAGUCAAUUGCAUUUAGAAACAGCUGCAAGGGCAUUGAGCAAUGUUUACCAUUUCGGGCCAACGUUUCGAGCAGAAAACAGUAAAUCACGUUUGCAUUUAUCUGAAUUCUACAUGAUCGAAGCAGAAGUAGCCUUUUUAGACGAUAUGAAUCAACUCUUGCAAAUUAUAGAAAAGCUCGUCAAGACUGUUACCAAAAACGUGUUAGAUUCGUGCGAAGAAGAGAUACUCAAUUAUAGAAAAUCAAUUGACGUAAAGAGUAACGAUAUCUUGUACGAUAUUAUCAACAAGUCUUAUCGUGUUAUGGAUUUCGAUGAGGCGUAUUCAAUUUUACGAGCCAACAGCGACAAACUUGCUCAACCUAUAAACGAACAUAAGCAUUUAUCCAAGGAACACGAAUUAUUCUUGGUGCAACAUUGCGACGCACCUGUUUUCAUUGUGAAAUGGCCCAAAGAUAAGAAACCAUUUUACACGAAGACGUCCGAAGAUGAGUCAUAUGUCGAUGCUGUUGAUUUACUGUUCCCUGAUGUGGGAGAAUUAUGUGGCGGAAGUUUAAGAGAACACAGAUACGAUAUAUUGAAACAGAAAUUGAUCGAGAACGAAUUACUAGAAAAGUUAGAUUGGUAUUUAGAUACAAGAAAAUUCGGUAAUGUUCCUACCGGUGGAUAUGGGUUAGGAUUUGAAAGAUAUAUCAAAGUGUUACUAGGUGUUCCGAAUAUCAAAGAUGCCAUCCCAUUUCCAAGAUGGCCUCAUAAUUGUAAAUUGUAAUGUUUAGUAGAAUAAAAUUUUAUAAUUUGUU